CACACACACACACCAGUGCUGUAGAGGCAGUCCAAAAGAGGAGGAGAGUGAGGAACAGAGUGAGAGAAUGGGAAAAAGAGUGAGAGGCACACAUAGAAAAUGAACAGGAUCUUUGCGUCACCUCUGAGGAACAAUUCAUCAACCCCAUGUUCAACAAGCAGACAGAUGAGGUUUUGUCUUCAGCCUGCACCCACGCGUGGACGAUGCUGCUGCUCUCUGUGUGUGAUGAAGAUGGACGGAUCUGUCAGGAGACACACAGAAGCAUCAUGCCACCUUAAGUGAGUGGCCCACGUAGUUUGGUCGCCUCUUCACACUCUGGUGCUUCCACUUGGUGAAGAUGUAGCCUGUUUGAUCUCCAUGGUGAUGUCUCCAAACAAAAUUUCCUUUGCCUUGUUGCCAUGGUUACUGCAGUUGCUGUUGUUGUUCUUCCUGUGUCCCGUCGCUCCAACAACAAGCUCCACCCCCUCAUCAGAAACUCUAGCAGUCAACACCACGCUGUUGUUUGACAGCGGCGCCCCCAGUUACAGUCUACGAAACUGCAGCUGCGCCACACCCGUCCGGGAUUGCAACGAGGCACUAGCUAACUUGAUGUGCAGCUGUCACACAGUUUUGCGCUCAGCUCUGCCCCCUGCUGGGAUGACAGAGCCCAAAGGACUGAGUGUUUGGUUGAAGGAGCUCUGGAUCCUGGAGGAGCUGGUGAACAGGAGCAUCGUCAGCCAUCUGCAGUUGUCUUUUUGUGGGCCAUCACAUGUGGAUAGUCAACAUCUGGUUCUGUUUGGACUACGGACCCUGAAGAUCCACAGUGCAGCUCCAGAAGCACUUUACCCCAACCAGGAGAUUAAAAUCUCUACUGAGGCAGCGGUUCCAACAGGUUCCUCAUCCUCUGAAUUUUCCACUUCCAUUCUUCACAUGGCCUUUGUGGAUCUAUCUGUGUUGAACGGGCUCUCGAUCCUAAAGGCGUACAGCAUGGUGGGACCAUCUGCUCCUACCCUCUCUGAGCACCUUCCACACCUCGCUAUGCCUAUUCUUCCUCCAGCCACUGUCACUCAUGAUGAUGCCCAUGAUGACACCCAUGAUGUCGCCCAUGAUCCAAGAGGGCAGGCCUCAGAGUCUCUGCAGACGAUCGUCAUUACUUUUGUCUACUAACAACAACUUCUCCAAUAAAAGUGACAAAGGAUGCACAGGAAUACUUCCAGCACACUGAGGGAGCUGACAUACAGUAUAUGGAAUAUGUAAGAUCUUUGAUAGCUACCUGCUUCACUACCAUGCUGCUCCAAAGGAAUUAUUAAAAAAAAUUUUUUUGAAGAAAGAUGGAUAUCUUUGUCGCACAACGUUUUCUUCUUUCUGAAGGAUUAUCGACUUUUACUCAAGCGAUAUAGUUUUGCUGCCUAGAUAUUCCUUCGCCAACAACAGAAACUGAUCAAUGUGACCUAUCGAUCCUCAUCUGAUGUCACAACUGGUCUGUUCCAAUUGGAGGCCAUUUAUUGCUGUAACCAUACGCCAAUACUGAAAUUCUUUGAACUCCAGUACCAUUUUCAAUACCGUGUCUUAACAUAGCCUUAUGCAUUUGUGACACUUUUGUUUCUAAAUGCUAAUUUUUGUAUCGGUCUCAAUGUUAAAAUACUUAAUGUUCAGGUUAGUAUUUACUAUCCCAGACAUCAUAUCAUGGUUUUGCUUGUAUAUAGGGCAUUAUAUGGGUAGUCUGCAAAAAAGCACAUUAACACAACUCAUUUUCUCUACUAAAGGAACUACGUUGUGUCACAUCACAUAUUUUUGAGAUGGGGACCUAAAAGGUAGUAUCAC